AUGUCGAAGGAAAUUGAAGAUGACGAUGAAGCAUUCUUAUAUGGAUCAGAAGAUGAAGGCGAUAAUAAAGUCACUAAGAAGCAAAAACUAGAGGCUACUGAAGAAGGUAAAGAAGUAACAGCAGAAGGUAAAGAUUCAAAAUCAGAAGGUCAAGCUACCGAUGAAGGUGACAAAGACGAGGAGGAGGAAGAAGAAGAUGACGAAGACGACGAGGAUUCAGAUUCAGACUCAGAUAUUGAAUUCAUUAUUGGAUCAGAAGAACCUAAACAAGCUCAAUCUACCGAGACAGAAGCAUCAAAAGAUCAAAGCACCACAGCAGCCUCAGCCGCAACAGCAGUCCCUGAAGCAAUUGAUGAAAUCACAGAUAUUACACAGACGGAGGAUUCAAACAAGGAAUCAACAACAACUGAGGCAACCAUCACUAGGGUUCCUGGAAUAGAAUUAAAUAAAGUUGGUGAUUAUGAAGGUAAACCAAUAACAUCAAUCAAUCUUCAAGAUUUAAAAGAAAAACCAUGGAGACAACCUGGUACUGAUGUUUCAGAAUAUUUUAAUUUUGGUUUCGACGAAUUCACAUGGACAGCUUACUGCUCUAAGCAAGAUAAAUUACGUUCAGAUUUCAACCCUCAAAAGGUUAUGAUGUCGAUGAUGCCAAUGGGUCUACCUCCAAUGAUGAUGGGUAUGCCAGGUUUCCCACCAGGUGGAUUACCUGGUCAACCACCAAUUCCUUUACCACAUCAACAAGCACAAGUACCACAGUCACAACCAGUACCACCUUCAGCACCACCUGUUAGUAGUGAAAGUAUACCACCCCCACAGGAUGAACCGAAAAAUUUACAGCUUAAUCCAAAUUUACCAAGAGCACCAAGAGAGAGAGACCAAAGAGAUAGAAUGGAAAGAGAAAAUUCAUGGGGUAGCGGGAAUGAGAAUAAUUAUAGAGAUCGUGAACGUAAAAAUCGUGGUAGACGAUAA